AUGUUCUCGUACGAUUGCCUCAAGCAAAUCGCCAAGUACUCCAAGUACGGAAAUAUGUAAGUCAUCCCUUAUUGUACGGUAUCAUGACCAUAAUAUCAUUUCAGUGCCCCACUCUCCUCGUUCGACCGCUCGCUGCGAGUGAUCACGAAGAUCAAGGCGUGGAACUUCGAAAAAGUCGUCUUCGAGCAAGAUCCGGACCAGAACUCGAAGCUCACGGUUGACGGAGUGAACUGGCAGUUCAAGUACGACUCCCAAACAGAGAAGGUCACGGUGAUCUGCGAGGCGGCGCCAUGGAAGACGAAAACGUUCGAGGACAAGAAUGUGGCCAAAAAGUAUCUGGCCCACUAUCUGGAGAGACCCGUGAAGCAUCUGACGCUCAUUCGGUGCCAGGACCCAUUCGAGUUCGUCACGGACCUCAAGUGUGACAAUUUGACGUGGCAUCUCGAUUCGUACUGCCCAGAAUGGUUCGAUCGGAUCAAGGAUCACACGUUUGAGAGGCUCGAGCUAGUGGAUUCUUGUAAAUGCUCGAAUGUCGUUGGUUUGGCCGUCGCGAAGAAGGCGAAGAAACUGGUGGUGCGCGCCGAAAUCGCCGCCAUUCCGAACGAAGACGUGGCAAUGCGAUACGACGUGCUCAAGAGUCAGUUGGUCAAUAUCACUUUGGAUAUGUCCAGCAGUGCUCCGCUUCUACGAAUGGCUGACGUGAGUAAUUCACAAUAUCUUCUGUGAAAUAACAAUGCCCAAUUUUCAGUUCCUAAUCCUCAAUGAUCUGCCGAUCGGAAGUCACUUUACGGGAGUCUUCAAGAACUUUCCGGGCGUCAAAGUGUCCACGUUCGAGUACUUUCUGCGGUACUGGAUCGGAUCCACGUACGACCGAUUCGGGUAAGAUUUGAGCAUUGAAAAUGUUGUGCCAAUAAAUAAUUGGUUUCUUUCAGGGAGCGAGUAGUUUUGGGAUCUGCCGACGGCUACACCAUCUCGAUCUACCGUAACUUUCACAACGAGGACAAGCCGGGAACGACUAGCUUCACCGUCGUCAAACUCAAGAAGCUUUAA